AUGGAAAAGUCGCUCCCACGAGACGAAGGAUCUUCCACAGAAAACUCUUCCAGCAAAUUCCGCUACUCUAGGCACCAGCGAAAAGAGGUGAACUACAUGGAAUGCGAAAAAGGACCAGAUUAUGGCUGCAAUUCCUACUGUAGCAUACAUCUGUGGUCUCCUACGUACCCAGUUUGUGAUGACUGCAACAUGGACUACCCGGGACACUGUCCCGUGCAUGGACCCCUGAUACAAGUCAAAGACACUCCAGUUCCCUUGGGUGACCCCCAGCGUGCCAACAAGUCAGUGCCUGACGGCUUGUGUUUUUGCCGGUCAAACAUUAAGGGUGCACAGUAUGGCAUGUUCACCCUAAAGCGACUGUCUAAGAGGCUCUGCUCUGGGCCAUAUGAAGGUGUCAGAGCUGGCAGCAGCAGUGCAAAUGGGUACACUUGGCAGGUCCGCCAUGGUGGCAAUGUGUGCCUGGUGGAUGGCAGGCCACUGGAUUGCUCCAACUGGAUGCGGUAUGUGGACUGCGCACCCCAGCAAAGCCAGCAGAACCUGGUAGCGUUUGUGCACCAGGGAGCCGUCUACUAUCGCACGAACUGGGUGGUGAACGCUGGAGAAGAGCUCUUCGACACGGCCACACUAGACGUGGUAUUUACCUGCGAAGACUGUGACGACAUGUUCUCUGUGCAAAGAUUGCUGGACUACCACCGGCGAUGCAAGCAUUAUCAAAGGCCUCAGGGAAAGCACAGGUGCACCCACUAUCCCUACUCCAGCAACGACAAGCACAAUGUGAUCGUACAUGAGAGGGUCCACAAGGGCGAGAGGCAAUUUGUGUGCCAUGUCUGCUGCAAGAGCUUCACGCAGCUGAUGCAUCUCAACAGGCACCUGCUUGUCCACACAGCGGGGAGAUCGU